AUGUGCUUUCCUGCAGAGAUCACCUACCUUGGGUUCAUCAUCAACGCACAAGGACGACGCUUCGAUCCAGAAAAGACCAAAGCUAUCCAGAAAAUGCCCGCUCCGAAGGACGUUAAUCAACUUCGCUCUUUUCUGGGUCUCAUCAAUUUCUACGGAAACUUCGUCAAGGAUCUCCACAAUCUACGCGCUCUUUUGGACACUCUUACAAAAGAGGAUGUUGUCUGCUCAUGA